UUUAAACCUUGGGAAAUAAUUAUGGAUUUUGUUUUAAAUAAUUUGUGCAUAAGCGCAUUGCUUAUGCAAGAGCGUAAUGUGUGUAUCCGUUUGAAGGACGGCACUGAGAUUAGCUGGCUAUAUCUAAAAACUUCAAAAGCUACCAAGAUGAAAUUUACUCAAGAUUGAAGAGAGAUAAUGGCUGAUGUGCAAUGAAAGUAAAAAGUUUGUUAGCAAAGUACGGCCACGGAUAAAAUGUUUUCACAAUUGUGCCCGAAAGGGUUAUACCAGCACAACAUUUCAAAUCAGCGAGCAAUAUGGUAUCAACGUUUUAAGAUGUGUGGUUUGAUUUCAGCCAAUUGAUGUAGUUAAUGAAAUUGCUUCUAAGGAAAUGGGCUGUGAUGUUACAGUCACAUAGAUGUCUGCUGUAUUUUGGUUUUUUUUUUUGGUAAGGAAGCGGCCUCAGAAAGUUGCCUUAGGUCUCUGCGGCACACGGCAUGCCACAAAUUCAAAUUAAUUGGCUUAUCAUUUUGGUUGCGGUGUGCCAAGUUUAUUAGUCAAAUUGCCUCACUCUGAAGAGCGGACUCCUGGCGCAGGCCCUCGCGGGCAUUCAGCAGCGCGUCCCCAACGCCACCCUCUUCCUUGGAGUGCGAGUUCUGGAUGAUGGAAAGCUGCUGUCCACUCAGAAGAACCUGGCCAAGGACCUCUUCCAGACAGUGAGGGACAUGAAGGUCACCCUGGUCAUUUUCGUGACGCACAACUCCUUCUCGAUGGGGAAUAUUUCGUGCACGACCGUGCCCGUGAGCUCUUGGUCGGCCAACGCCCUGCAGAAACCGGCUGGACCAGCUCUUGAGCAGAUGUUCAAGUUCCUUGAGUUCGGGCUCGAGGGCGAGAAGACGAUCGAGGUGGCACUGUCUUCCACGCUGUCUUUAGUGAUGUUUGAAAUGGAAAAAGCCGUGAAGGGGCCCGUCAAAUUCGGCGAGAAGUGCGUGAGGAGUGAGCUGCUGUUCUUCCACGAGUACUGCUUCGAGAAGCUCGCCAAUGAGCAGGAGGACGUCGACACCAUGACCGCGCUCGGCUUCGUUGGAACCGCGCUGUUCACCUUCGAGACGCCGAAGACAAUCGAAAUGAAGGCGAGUGUGCAAUCAGUGUUGCUGUGA